UCUGGGGAAAGCGGCGGCGGCCGGGGGAAAGCAGUUGUUACAAGCUCUAUAAAGCCAGCCAGGCGCAUUUUCAUCCACGCCAGUAGGGAAAUGUAACUACCAGCUGCUCGAGCAAGGACGGUUUUCGUUUGGUGUGUUUUCUAUUUUUUUUAAAAAAAAAUAUCCAGUUUUUUGUCCUUCAGAAUAGGUAGUUAGUUACGAAGCAAUAAUCCGAUUGCCUCAAGCUGAGAUCGCUCCGCACUUCCUUGGAGUCCCCAUGUCCCCUCUAUGACCACUCCGGAUGUCUUUCGAGAUGCGCAGCACAUCGCCGACGUCUCGAACAUUCCCUACGACUCCCGCGACGAUGACGGAAAUCCCGCUCACCUUGGGGUGUCGGGGUGGUCUCAACGGAGGGCUAUUUAUGCAAGCUCGAAGGCGGUCAUGCUCGAGAGGCUGCUGCGUGACCUGGAUAUGUUGAUCUAUUGCGAGUUGUCUGCCGUUUAUUAUAUGGACUGCUCAAUCCUCCAUUUUACUAUCCGCGCUAUAGUCCAAUUCAUCUUCUUCACACCUAAAGCCGGACCAUUACCCGAAACAUCAACGAACGCGCCUCCCAUCGUAACUGUUUUCUUGAGCAAUAUAGCCUGCAUGAUCCUCCACUAUGUAUCAUCUGCUCCUAUGGCUGGCGAGGCGUCUCGAGGUUAUCUACAUGGCGGCCUAUUCAUCGACUUCAUCGGACAAAAAGGUCCAAUAUCAAAAUUCCGCCUAUUCCUCUUCGACCUUCUAAUUUUCGGGAUACAACUUAUCAUGAUGUGCGUCAUUCUAGAAAAGGACAGGACGAAACAGCUUGCGAGACCAACAGACGCGGCAAACCGUACUCCAAAUCUACAAGACCAUGAUUCCGAAGAACGAGGUGUAGCACCUGAGGACACGCACUUGCCGGGCAGUGCGGACGAUAUCGAAAUGCAGGACCUACCAUCGCUCGAACGAGCUUCGGCUGAGGAGAGCAGGACUAGACUUCUUGAAUUCGAAGAUGAACGUGAAACUUCCGCUCUGGUUGGGGACAGGCAUCCUCGUGACGCUUUUAUAUCGGCCCAGGCGGUCAUCGCGGAUAUAAACAUCUUUCAGGCCCUUCGAGAUCAGUGGAAUAGAGCCCCACAAACGAAUGCCAGUCGGUCGACUGAUUCUCAACCAACAAUAUCGACUCAGAAUGGCAUGGUGGUGCCCUUCCUGCAGCGACGCUUUCGAUUCCAGUUGCGCACCGUUUCAUGAGAGCAAAUAUCCCACGGCGGCACAUGUAAAGGGCAGUGAUUUUUCAUGAGACAUUUUACGGUGUUGGGUUGCCGGUUGGACAUACUCAUCCUUUUAUUUCCCUUUAUUACUAACGAAGCGUACUUUUGAACCUUUCUCUAUUCAUAAUUCUGUACCAUGUAUAUAUCGCUAACGCCAUUAAUCCUUUUCGUCUAUAUCAUAUUGUACAUUUACUGCACAUGCACAUCGUGAAUUGUGCCCGUCACGUUACCAUCUACUGUCAGGAACAGAAAACAACAUGGAACGAAAUAUGGAAGACUGGUAUAAGAAUUCGGGCAGGGAUCUAAGGUCGCAAACACGAAACACACAAAUACCAUCUAUCAAACAAAUAGCACAAACAAGCCUAAACGUAACAUAACCCAGAACAUAUUCAUACAACACAAGCAGACACAGACGAAAUCAGAAACAAAAUACUACGAACUCCCACCUUCGUUACCACCACCACUCUUCCCCCCAUCCUCCGUCUUGGGCUUUAUCCUCCGAUCCAAAAUCUCAUCUACAAUCCCCAUCUCCAACGCCUCCCGCGCCCCCAUGAAGUAAUCCCUCUCCAUCCACUUCUCAAUUUCAUCCAGCGACAUCUCCUUGGUCAAAUGCAACUUAUAGAUCUCGUUGAGUUGGCGGCGGACGCGGAGGAUCUCUUUGGCAUGGAUGGCGAUGUCCGUUGCUUGCCCAAAGUAGCCGCCGGAGGGCUGGUGGACCAUUACGGAGGAGUGGGGGAGGCAGUAUCGUUUGCCCGGGUGGCCGCCGCAAAGGAGUAGGGAGCCCAUGGAGGCUGCUUGACCGACGCAAAUGGUGCUGACGGGGGCGGAAAUGUAGGUCAUUGUGUCGUAGACGGCGAGGCCUGUAUGGGAAGAAAGGGAUUAAAAUUGCCAGGUUAACAAGGGAUAUAUACGUAAUAAUUCAUUGGCUGUGCGCCGCACCUGCUGUUACUGAUCCUCCCGGUGAGUUUAUGUAGAGAUGGAUUGGCUUCUCCGGGUUAUCAGCUUCGAGAAAGAGAAGCUGGGCAACGAUGGAUGCGGAGAGGGUUUCGUCGACUUCGCCAUUGAGGCAGACUAUGCGCUCCUAUAAAUAUCAUUAGCAGUCUGCAAGGCUCUCUCGUAAUAAUUGAGUGAGCUGGGGUGUUAUGUCAUACCUUAAGUAACCGGGAGAAGAUAUCAUCUUUCGUACAGAUAUGUUGUCAGCGCUCGUUUUGCUUUGAGAAAAAGGUGAUAAAUUCGUCACACGCGCUCAAUGCGUACAUGUAUGCCAGCCACCUCCCUGAUCAGUUAGCCUCUAGGGUCUUAUUCCGCAGUCCAAAAAUAUAGAACUUACC